AUGACCGCCGACGAACCCCUGAAAAUCACCAUUGUAGGCGGAGGAAUAGGUGGUCUCGUCACUGCCAUCGCCCUCCGCGCUCCAGGCCGCCAGAUCACCGUCCUCGAGCGCUCCCGCAUGCUCCGCGAAGUCGGGGCGACCAUCUCCCUGCAGCCCAACGCCUCGAGAAUAAUCGACAACUGGGGCCUGGCGUCGUUCCUGGAGGCCUGCAAACCGCUCUCGGACCGGGCCUUCAUGAUCCGCGACGCCACCGGCAAGCUGGUCAACUCCAUGACCUUUGACCGGGCCAAGUUCGGCGCCGACCGCGUCAUGUACCACCGGCAGGACUUGCACGGCGCGCUGCGCCGCGCCGCCGAGAGCACCGACCGGCCCGGCCCGCCCGCGCUCAUCAGGACGGCGUGCAGGGUCGUGGGCUGCGAUCUUGAACAGGGCACCGUGACGCUCGAGGACGGCGAAGUGGUGCACGCGGACGUCGUGGUGGGCGCGGACGGCAUCAGGUCGGCGCUGAGGGACGUCGUGGUGGGCAGGAAGUGCGACGUCCACCCGACGGGCCUGACGGCGUACCGCAUCCACCUGCCGCGGCCCAUCGUCGAGACCGUGAUCAGGGAUCACGGCGCGCCGCCUGAGAUUGGCGACCUCGAGCGGCCCGGCACGACCAUGAUGCUGGGCCACGAGCGGCGGGUGCUGUUCGGUCCUGCGAGGGGCGGGGAGCUGUACGGUGGCGUCUGCCUCGUCCCCGACGAUCAGCUGCUCGAGGCCCUUCCCGGCGAGGCUUGGAACGGUGACGGGUCCAAGAAGGCGCUGCUCGAGUCGUUCAAGGACUUUCCGGACUGGUUCCUGGCCAUGAUCGAGCUGGCGGCGGACGAGGACAUUGGCCUGUGGCAGCUGCGCGACAUUGACCCGCUCGAGACGUGGAGCAAGGGCCGCGCGAUUCUCAUCGGGGACGCCGCGCACGCCAUGCUGCCGACGCAAGGGCAGGGUGCUUCGCAGGCCGUCGAGGACGCCGAGGCCCUGCAGGCCUAUCUGGCGGAUCUGCAGGCCAGGCCAACCGGGGAGCAGGUAGGCGAGGCGCUGAGGAAGGUCUGGGAGGUCAGGCACCAGCGGGCAACCUUGAUCCAGAACUUUAGCAGGUCGCACGGGAGGCAAAACACAGCGGCGGAUGCGUCUGGAAAGGUCACGAUGAAUCCUGGCGAGUUUCUGCAGUUUAAUUGCAACUAUCUUGGGGCCAAGGACUGGGAGGUUAGGUUGAAGGAGAAGAAGACGGGGAUGGAGGCUUUUAUAUAA